AUGCAGACCCAGACAUAUACACCUUCUGACCCUCGCCACAGGCACACUCAGAGGGGUCACGCAUGCACACAUGCCGUGUGGGUGGGAUCUUUGCAGUCAGUCACGGUCAGACCACAUGGGCGCUCAGGCUCCAGGAUUGAGCCCCAGGCCUGGCAGGGCCGCGACUGCACACACUGCACAUGUGCCUGCAGCCUCGACAUGCACAGAAUCAGCCAGGUACACGUGGGUGAGCCUUCAGGGAGGCGUGGCCACGUAUGCGCAUCAGAACACCCAGCCCAACAGCCCCCUUUCAGUGGUACAAGGCGUCUGUCUGGGGCAUUUUAA